UCACUUUAUUUCAUCCUUAAUAAAAAAAGAAUAAUAAUAAUAAUAAUAAUAAUAAAAAAUGGCAUCAGAUCCUUUAUCACUUCUACGUGAAUUCACCAUUAAUGACAAACCUGUGACUUUAUUAAACGAAGAAGGAGAAAAAGUGAUGAACAUUACAGAAGCAAAAAAAAUUAAAUUUACUGAUGAUGCCAUCUUUCCACGCGACACACCUACCAAUUUUAAAAAGACAAAUGCAACAGACAAUGAAACUUAUACCUUGGAAACUUUGAUUUUUUUAGUUCAAACUUCGCAAGUGGAUAACUCUGUUUACUUUAAAGAAUGUCGUACUCGUGGUAUUGAACAUGUUUCUAUUGUCGACAGAAGAAAAAUUUUAGAUUAUCUUACAGGCAAAGUUGAUCAAUCACCCAAUGUUUCCAUAAGUAAUCUUGGAGAAAAACGUACUAGAGAUGAUGCAAAUUAUUUUGAUUCAACAACUAAAAAAAUGAAAGUAAAUCCUCUCACAUCAGCCAAUUCAAUUAAAACAGUUAAAGAAGUUUUAUCGCGUGAACGAGAGAUGACAACAAGAUCAACCAUAUUAAAGGGCUCUAAAAACUUUACACAUGCUAUUAAUCUUGCUAAACAAUUAGUACUUGGCAAAGAUGUUCCUACUAAUCCUCGUCCAAACACAACACAGAAAUCAGGAGCCUCUCAACCUAGUUCAUCAAAUCAUAAAUCUUCAAGUGCUUCUAUAAAACCAAGUACAAAGUCUACACCUAUAAAUAAAACACCCAAGUUAUCAAGUAAAGAUAGAAUACCUAUUAUUAUUGUGCCUGCUGCACCUACAGCUAAAUUCACACUUUAUAACAUUAAGCAAUUCUUGGAAGAACAAAAAUAUGUCGAUUCACAGGUGUUAAGAGAAGAAGGUUUAAAGAAGCCAGAGAGAGUCACGGUUGAGCGUACAAAAUCAAACGGACAAAUUGUUCCUUAUCAUAUUGUUGAUUCAGUUGCAAACUUUAAACAAAAUGACUGGGACCGUGUAUGCUGCGUAUUCGUUGCUGGUCAAUUAUGGCAAUUUAAAGGCUGGAAAUGGGAAAAGCCAGUUGACUUAUUCAGUCAUGUGAAAGGAUUUUAUCCUAAAUGGAGUUCUGAUAAAAUCAAUGCCCCCGCAUCUGAAUGGGCUGUAGCUGAAAUGAAUAUUCACAGAAGUAAAAGGCAUAUGGAUAAGGCCACCGUAUCCCAGUUUUGGGAUGCACUUGACAGUUAUAAUGCAACCCAUAAGCCUUAUCUUAACUUUUAAAGUCACGUUUUUUAUAUAUAUAUAUAUUUCUACUUUCUUUUUUUUUUCUUUUUAUUUAAAUUAAUAAUAAAAAAAAAAAGUGUAAAAAUGGC